AUGGCGACUAUGGAUUUGACCAAUGAAGUGGUCCGGUUGCGGGCGGAGCUGGAGAAGGUGUCAGCGGAAAGGGACAUGCUGCUAUGCGAGGUUUCCAACUUGCGACGGGAGCUUGAGCUUAGCGAGCUGAAGCAACUGCAAGAUGACGGAUUCGGGCUAGGAUAUUUUGUCAAAGUGGCGAAGUCUGAGUCCCGGGUGGUGCUAGUGGGCGAAGGGGAGGAGGGGGAUGGGUGCUGCUGCACUGGUAUGAGGAUCGGGGACCUUGGCGGUGCGCUGUUAGAGGCUGCCAAACUGACAAGGUUCUGGUUCUGCCAGAAGCCAGGAUACGGCUUCUCGCAGAAGGUGGACGAGGAGGAGUCCGGUAGUGGCGUAACGCUGCACCCCCCGGACGGUUUUUACUCGCACCAGCACUCUAUACACAGCGGGCACCAUGGCCACAACGCGGAGCCCGACCGGGGCUACAUGGAGGGCAAUAGAUACGUCACCGCUGUACACCGACCGCUGCAGGGUUUAAACCACUCGAACUCGUCAUGCUCGUCGGCAUCGAACGCGUCUACCGGCGCCGGGCUGUGCGCGUCCGCCGCCGAGCCCGCACCGCCGCUCUACAUCGCCGCGCCGCCAGAGGGCUUCGGCCUCGCCGUGCACAACAACAGGCGUGGCACAGACGUUGGGAUCAUUGGAUCAACGGGGAUAACCCCGAAAGACCCGAGUUUGCCCCCAAAAAGGGGUAAAUUGACUAGAGGUCGUUAUGAGAUGUCUCAAGACCUCCUGGAUAAACAAGUAGAGAUCCUGGAGAGGAGAUACGGAGGUCUGCGUGCACGGCGCGCAGCGGUUACAAUACAGCGCGCGUUCAGACGAAGACAACUUCUAAAGAAAUUCAGUGCUAUUACUGCGAUGGCAAAAGCUGCCGACUCUAAUGCGAGACGGCUGCAGGAUGGCAGCGAUCACGGACAACUUGUUAAUGGUAACGAUAUAUACGCAAACACGUUGUUACAAAAGAGUCCUGCGGGUACGGAGAAGAUGAUGGGUCUGACGAGGCCGAUGCGCUCCAUGUCACUGCGCGAGCGACACGACGUCGAUAUCAGUAACCACAUGGCGUGCGAGGCACAGAACGAAGCUAUGGUGGAGGCGAUGGUGGCGCGCGUGCAGCACUCCGCGCAUCAGAUACAUAUGAUAGCCAGCGAGUUGCCGCCGCAUCACCGCAAUGACACAGAUAGCGGGGUGUGCAGCUGUUCAGUGAGCGGAUCUGUCACUAAUAUAUCAAGCUCGUCCUCGCACAAUGAAUCUCUGCACAAUCAUCAGUUACUCAAUAACUCAGGUCCGAUAUACGGCAACCUGCUGUCAUCAGGUGGCAAGCCGCUGUCUUCACCCAGCGCACGCCAGCAGCAGCAGCUGGCGGCGAUGCAGGCGGCCGCGCGACGUCUGCCACCAGAAGUACCCAAGAGGACCAGCAGUAUUACACUCAAUGCGGAGAGCCCGGUGUCCCUGCGGCGUGCGGAAUGCGUCGCGGGAGUGCGCGGGGGCUCCAUGUCCUCAGUGCAGUCCUCCUCAUCCUCCUCCUCACUGGAGCAUCGUCACCACUACCACCAGCCAUACCAGCCUAGAGCACCGGAGACGCACGUGCACAUGCCGGAGCAGCAGUUCCAGCAGCACCAGCGCACCGCGUCUGGCUCUCUGUACGAGGGCGAGCGGUACGCGGUGUGGAAGCGGCAGGAAGCCCCGCCGUACUACGAGGCCCCGCCCGCCGCCUGCUGCCGCCCCGCCCACGAGCACCUCGCGCACGCGCACGCGCACGCGCACCAACCUGUCAAGGUCACUGCGGUAUCGGAGACGGUCCGCAAACGUCAGUACCGCGUGGGUCUGAACCUGUUCAACAAGAAGCCGGAGCGUGGUAUCGCGUAUCUCAUCUCUCGCGGCUUCCUGGAGAACUCCCCGCGAGGUGUCGCGCGCUUCCUCAUCACCAGGAAGGGUCUCAGCAAACAGAUGAUCGGAGAAUACCUCGGCAACCUGCAGAAUCCUUUCAAUAUGGCCGUGCUAGAAUGUUUCGUGAACGAGCUGGAUCUGUCAGGAAUGGCUGUGGACGUGGCGCUGCGCCGCUACCAGGCACACUUCCGGCUGCCGGGAGAGGCGCAGAAGAUUGAACGUCUUGUUGAAGCCUUCGCCCGCAGAUACUGCGUCUGUAACACUGACUUUGUGCAGCGUCUGCGCACACAGGAUACGAUAUUUGUGCUGGCGUUCGCAAUAAUAAUGUUGAACACGGACCUUCACACUCCGAACCUGAAGCCUGAGGCGCGGAUGUCGCUGGACGACUUUGUACGCAAUCUGCGCGGUAUCGACGACUGCGGAGACAUCGACCGCGACAUGCUCGCCGGUAUCUACGACCGUGUUAAAGCCAGCGAGUUCAGACCCGGCAGCGAUCAUGUCACACAGGUUAUGAAAGUGCAGGCGACGAUAGUAGGCAAGAAGCCGCACUUAGCGUUGCCACAUCGCCGCCUCGUCUGCUACUGCCGUCUCUACGAGAUACCAGAUAUACACAAGAAGGAGCGUCCUGGAGUACACCAGCGAGAGGUGUUCCUGUUCAACGACUUGCUGGUCAUCACGAAGAUCUUCAGCAAGAAGAAGUCCUCGGUGACGUACAGCUUCCGCCAAUCUUUCCCACUUUGCGGCAUGCUCGUCAACCUGUUCUCUGUGCCACACUAUCCAUUCGGUAUUCGUCUAUCGCGGCGAGUGGACGGAAGACGGCUGGCGACUUUCAACGCCCGCAAUGAACACGACCGCUGCAAGUUUGCGGAAGAUCUGCGCGAGAGUGUCGCUGAGAUGGAUGAGAUGGAGGCCAUGCGUAUUGAGGGCGAACUCAACCGAGGCAAGGGACGACCCAACACAAACGCUAGGAACGUAAUGGAGAACCGUGAUAGCGGCGUGGCGGACGUGGAGAUCGAUCAUCAGCAAUGUAUGGACCAUGUGCAUGUACACGGUGUGGUGGUGCCACCGCCACCAGCAGGUCCAGCACCGGCCGCACCUUCCCGUCUCUCACAGAACCCACCGCCAACUAACAUCAUCAAGAGGAACGUACUCAGCAACUCACUAGUCGAUAUCAAUGAUCCAGUGGCACUGGCUGCGGAGAGGUUACAACGGCGCGGGUCAGUAGGUUCACUGGACAGCGGUAUGUCGGUCUCCUUCCAGCAGGGCAGUCGCACCGCACUACACGCGACGUCGCCCCGACAUCCCAACGAACAGCGCUCACCAGGUCGUCUCUUCGGUGGCAUAUUCCCAGGACGGCAACGCAAGCUGAGCGCCAGUGGAGUCCCGGACACCAAGGGACAAGUCGGCAAGAGCACCGAGGUCUAGAUGACAUGGAAUAUUUCAGAAUCUCCAAAGUCGAAUGUAUUCCAGAAUAUCGAAAUCGGAAUAUUCCGGAAUCGUGAAAUAUUCCGCAAACUACUUUUGAUGUCUUCAACGAGACGCAUCGUUUUUCUUAAGUGCCAUCUUUAAUCAAUCGAGUUUUAAGUGUAUUUUGUUGCUGACGCUACUACAUGUAUAUGUUUAAAACAUUUUAUACCUUAUUUCAAUGGAAUAAGGUACAUAUUGAACUGACACAUAACUCCAACAGUGGUUAUCACAAGUUAUUUAUAAUUGCAAAGUUAUUUACAAUUACGAAAUAAGCGAUUAAUUUCUUGAGAAUUUUACGAAAAAAAAUAAGUCGAUUUUGCAUCACAAUAAUAUUAAUAAGAUAUUUUUGUGAGGAAUCGAAGAACAAUAAUUUCAAGUACAUUUGAAAUACGUUUCAAGGUUUUGUAAUUUGUUAAAUUUUGCCGACAUAUGGCAAAAAAAUGCACUAAUCCAAUUUCUUUAGCGAAAGUUUCAAAUAGAAUAAUACACGAGC